AUGAAGAGUUCCUGCAGAGCUGGCCUCCACAGGGAACCGCUGAAUUCCACAUCCUCCACCUUCCACCAAGUCAAACGGGUUUCUGGUAUGCACUUAAAGCCAUAUCUCAAGUUACAGAAGAAAGAGCGAUCUCCAGAAAUAAGCCAGGAUUCCCUGAGAGGCCCACCUAUGAGCCAUCAGCGAUCAGCACAGGAAGAAAAAUACACCAACUGCACCAAACUGAGCGUUUUCCCAAAACCCUCCUUUGUGACUCCAUCUCAAAAGCUUCUGGGGAUUAUUUAUCCAAAUACGAUGUGCAAUAUGAAUGGGAAAGGUCCAGCAGAUGGUCCAAGUGCAAGGGAAAAGAAGAACGCCCUGUCUGCAACGAUCCACCAGGGAGAAGAAGGGGAAGGGCCUCUGGAUGUCUGGGCUGUGGUGAAACCCGGCAAUACCAAGGAGAAGAUCGCCUUCUUCGCAGCCCAGCAGUGCAGCAGCAACAACCGCCUCGGCUCCAUGAAAAUUAAAAGCACGUGGGAUAUCGACGGCAGAACAGCUAAACGCAGGAAAAAAUCGGUAGACCUUAAAAAAGCCAAAAUUCAACUGGAAAGAAUGAGGGAGGCGAACGCCAGGUGCUCCCAGCCGGAGCCUUUCGCCUGCGGCAUCGAGCACUGUUCGGUGCAUUACGUGAACGACAACGGUGAGGGCGUGUUCCCGGGCCGGUCCCUCUCGGUGAUAGAGAUGGUGGCCUUCCUGGAGCAACGAGCAAGUGCUUUACUGGUAGACUGUGCGAAAACCUGCACGCCGGCUCCUACCACGAGGCUGAGCGCUCAGCCGAAAGGCGCCCUUCCCACCUCGGACCCUUUCUCCUCCGCCGGGGCGUGUGAGGGCCCCGCGGAGAGGGGA